AUGGCGUCUUCUCCGGAGACCUCUCUACGCAAGCGAGCGGCAGCAGCAACGCUCGAAGAGCUGGAGUUGCAGGACAAAGCCCCAGAAGUGGCAGCCGCAGCAGAGGACAAAGCCCCAGAAGCGGCAGCCACCGCAGAGGACAAAGCCCCAGAAGUGCAUGCCCCCGCAGAGGCCUCCUUGCGCAAACUGUCCUUGCAGCAGUUGAGAGAGAUGGCCACGAAGAUGAAGGUUUCUAAGAAAGGCACCAAAAGCGAGAUCAGGGCAAGGCUCCAGGCAAGGCAGACCCAGGCCUGCUCGACCAAGGGGGCAGGAGCUGCACCUGCGUUGGCGGACGAGCGACGGGGAGCGCAGGCAAUUGCUCAUGUGGAGGCUGAAGAAGUGGACGGCCAUAUCGCCGAAAGCCAGGUGGAUAAAGAAGCUCCAGUUGACCUCACGUCGCCAGCUGGCUGGUCUCAAGAAGGCCCAGUGAGCCGUGCGACCCGAAACUUGCAAGUGCAAGUCAGCAAGCUGGAGCCCAGCAAGCGUGGUGGGCGCAGAGCAAAGAUGGCUGAUAAGCCAAAGCCGAAGAAGCGAGCUGAGCCUGUGUGUCUGGACGACAGCCGACUUCGAGAUCUCGCGCUGCUGGCUGCAGGCCCAUGCCAAGAAGUUUGCCCAAGACUUGCAUGA